AUGCACCCAAACUCCCACCCUUCCUCUCGCCUCCUCCGGCUCAGUAGCUGGUACCCGCCGACCUUCCCUGGAGCCUCCCGCGCCUGCGCAGAGGCGCUUCUCGCGCGAACGCGCUACCGUCACGGUCUACCACCACGGGCUACCACCACGCCAGCACACGGGAUGCGAGGUCGGUGAUAAGCCACCCAGGCUCCUUCGUGGGACAACGGGCAUCUCCCGUGUCCGCGGACUCCUGCUACAGGCCCUCUCACAUCCCUCGGCCUCAAAAAUCACAACCUCCAGGAACUGGAGAGUGGCGGGCUCUACUGGUUAGGAACGGGAAAACGGGCGGCAAUGCCUCGAGGUGGGCCCCGCCCCCCAGCUGACUUAGUGCCUGCGCAUUGGCCGAUGCGCCCGUCAGUCUCCUCCCAGCCGCGCCCGCGCCCCUCCGGCUUCCUCUCCCCUCCUCUCCCCUCCCUGCAGCUUUACUGGCGGCCUCCCCCGGGGUUCGCCCCCCCUCGCCUGUCCGAGCCUCAGCUGGCGCCGGCCCCGGGGAGCUCGCGGAAGGGGAGGACUGGACGGUCCCGAGCCGAGCAUCGCUCCGGUGGGCGACAGGGCCGCAGCCUCUCCGCCAGCAGCACCACCUGUCGCGGGUGCGACGUCGGUUAAGGUGAAAGAAAAGAUGUUGUCCCGGUUAAGAAUAGCUGCCACUCCCUGUACACUGGUAUGUCGUUAUCUGCACACAAAAGAGAAGGGCAAGCCACUUAUGUUAAACCCAAGAACAAAUAAGGGAAUGGCAUUUACAUUGCAGGAGCGACAAAUGCUUGGUCUUCAAGGACUUCUACCUCCUAAAAUAGAGACACAAGAUAUUCAAGCCUUACGAUUCCACAGAAACAUAAAAAAAAUGAAUGGCCCUUUGGAAAAAUACAUCUAUAUAAUGGGAAUACAAGAAAGAAAUGAGAAAUUGUUUUAUAGAAUCCUACAAGAUGACAUCGAAAGUCUGAUGCCAAUUGUAUAUACACCAACAGUUGGUCUUGCCUGCUCCCAAUAUGGACAUAUCUUUAGACGACCUAAGGGAUUAUUUAUUUCAAUCUCAGACAGAGGUCAUGUUAGAUCAAUUGUGGAUAACUGGCCAGAAAAUCAUGUUAAGGCUGUUGUGGUGACUGAUGGAGAGAGAAUUCUGGGUCUUGGCGAUUUGGGUGUCUAUGGAAUGGGAAUUCCAGUAGGAAAGCUUUGUUUGUACACAGCUUGUGCAGGAAUACGGCCUGAUCGAUGCCUGCCUGUGUGUAUUGAUGUAGGAACUGAUAAUACAGCACUCUUAAAAGAUCCAUUUUACAUGGGCUUAUAUCAGAAAAGAGAUCGAUCACAGCGUUAUGAUGAUCUGAUUGAUGAGUUUAUGAAAGCCAUUACUGACAGAUAUGGACAGAACACACUUAUUCAGUUUGAAGACUUUGGAAAUCAUAAUGCAUUCAGAUUCUUGAGAAAAUACCGAGAAAAAUAUUGUACCUUCAAUGAUGAUAUUCAAGGAACAGCUGCAGUAGCUCUGGCUGGUCUUCUCGCAGCACAGAAAGUUAUGGGUAAACUGAUCUCAGAACACAAAAUUUUAUUUCUUGGAGCAGGAGAGGCUGCUCUUGGAAUUGCAAAUCUUAUAGUAAUGGCUAUGGUAGAAAAUGGCCUCUCAGAAGAAGAGGCACAAAAGAAAAUUUGGAUGGUUGACAAGUUUGGUUUAUUAUUUAAGGGGCGGAAAGCUAAAAUAGAGAGUCAUCAGGAACCGUUUGCUCACUCAGCCCCAGAGAGCAUACCUGAUACUUUUGAAGAUGCAGUAAAUAUACUCAAGCCUUCAGCUAUAAUUGGAGUUGCAGGAGCGGGCCGACUUUUCACCUCUGAUGUAAUCAAAGCCAUGGCUGAUAUCAAUGAAAGGCCUAUAAUAUUUGCAUUAAGUAACCCUACAGCAAAGGCUGAGUGCACGGCUGAAGAAGCAUAUACACUUACAGAGGGAAGGUGUCUGUUUGCCAGUGGCAGUCCAUUUGGGCCAGUGACACUUAGUGAUGGGCGACUCUUUACACCAGGUCAAGGCAACAAUGUCUAUAUUUUUCCAGGCGUGGCUUUAGCCGUUAUUCUCUGUAACACCCGGCAUAUUAGUGACCAUGUUUUCCUAGAAGCUGCAAAGGCAUUGACAAGUCAAUUGACAGAUAAAGAGCUAGCCCAAGGGAGACUUUACCCACCACUAGCUAAUAUUCAGGAAGUUUCUAUUAACAUUGCUAUUAAAGUUACAGAAUAUCUUUAUGCUAAUAAAAUGGCUUUCCGAUACCCAGAACCUGAGGACAAGGCCAAAUAUAUCAGAGAAAAAAUAUGGCGAAGUGAAUAUGAUUCUCUGCUGCCAGACGUAUAUGAGUGGCCAGAAUCUGCAUCAGGCCCUCCCCAGAUAAUGGAGUAGAAGUAUGACCACCGAUACAUACUUCCCAUGCUUCAGAAGCUCCCUUUUUUAAGACAAAAAGAGAUAAUGUUCUCAAAUUAGCAGUUUUUCCUGUGCUUUAUUCUCCCUGACCACUUUGCUUGGCUCAUUUUUGUCCCAUGAAUCUACAUCCAGGAGGUAAAUGUGUUGGCUACAUUGAUAAUGCCCCACCAGCACCUUGCAGUCAGAUAACCAUAAUGCUUUCAUUCUGAUUUGUAAUUCAUACCACAUCAAAGAGAUGUUAAAAUGUAUUUGUGAAUGUCUUUAUUUGUGCUUCUGUUCACACUUGCCAAAGUAUUUGCUAUUUACUAUCAUAGUAAUAAUCUCUCACCCACCUCUUUUAGAGCUACUAAAAUAGAAAUUUACUUCUGUGGGUAGAAUACAGAAUUUUGAGAAGCAGCCAUGUUUAACCAAAUUUUAAGGACAGAUUGUCAGUAUUUAAAGUGUUCUUUCAUUUCUGCUUCAUUUUAUUAUCUUCAUGCUCUGAAAUUCCUUUCCAGUAGAUAAGUCUAGAGAAAUAUGAAAAAUCUACCCUAUUAUUUAUUUUCUGGAACUAAAUUAAAGCUUAACUAAAACAUUGUGGGAGAAAAAUGGGAACUACUGCAGCAUUUACACAAAAUAGUCAUUUUUUUAACACUAUAUAAAAUCAUAGUGAAAUUUUUUUAUUUAAGAUAAUAUCUUAAAUUUAAUUGCUUCAAUUAUGCUAUUUUAUUGCCAGAGAAGCAAUACCCCUAUUCCAAUAUUAAUACUCUUUAUUACUUGAGAUAAUUUUGGAAUGCUCCUAUGAUACAUUCUUUCAAAUAUCAUUAGUGACAACUCUUUCUCUACUGAAGAUGGACUAAAUUUUUUGAAACUACCCAAAUAAAUUUAGAGCUAAGUGAAGAUGAAUAAUGUUCUGUUCACACUAGGAAAUGCUACUUUUAAUCCCAGAUUUUUUAAAUGGGUAAUAAUUGACUAUUGAAACCAGUCUUCUUCUGUGGCUUACAUAUUAGAGAGUUAUAAAGGAAAAUCCAAAAGCAUUUUGAGAAGAAGUAGUAUUUCUUUGUAGAAGCCUAACAGUUGCUUUGUGGGAACAAAACUCAAAUGCUCAUUAGAAUAUUAACUACAAAAUACUCAUAGCUGUGUGUCACAUGCACACGAUUCGAUAUUUCCCUUGGGGUUCCAUGACACGCUGUCAGCUGUGAGAUUCUGCAGGGAGAAAAGGGCUUCCUCUUUAAGUUCAUCUUUCCUUCUACCUACAGGCAGAGAUUGAGUCAUAAUAAUUCUGAAUAUAACUCAGUGUUUUAGGAAUGCUCAAAAUGGCAUUGCCAUUUGGGGUAUGAGAAAAUGCAAUUGGUUAAUCCAGUUAACAAAUGAGUAAAGUCAGAAGUCUAUUCUGUAAAUCUGUUUUGUAAAAUAAGUAAUGAGGUCACAAUUUCUUUUAAUCAAAGAUGAAAGUUUAUGUUUUUCAUGUUGACUUUGUCAAAACAAAAUUGCCCUCAAAAAUAUUCUUUGUGACAUCUUGAUUUCAGUUGAACAUUCCAAGUAUAAAAAUUACAAACCUGUUUUUGCUUCGUGGUUUUUGAAGGCAGGAACAUAUGGCGAAUUAAAGUAAUUUUACUAAGAUGUUUGCUCAUCAAAUAUGUCUGAUACAGUCCUCAUGGAAAUUAUAAAUAUUUUAGGGAAAGCAAAGCCACAUGGCAUAUAGCCUUAUUUAAAUAAGACAAACCUUACACAUUUUUAAAAAGAUACCUAUUCUCAUUAUGUAUUAUUUGCCAACCAGUAUUUUAAAGAGUAACAAUUAUUGGAUGUAAAUAAAAGAACAAUAUUAAAUAUUUACACUAAGAAUACAGGCAGGAACUCAUCAGCAUGGCGUGCGGAGAGUGGCAUAAUGGCAUCAAACUGGAAAAGAAACUAAAACAUUUGGACCUUCUUUGGAAACUUUUACCUAGUGGGAAGGUAAUUAUUUUGAAAAACAGUAAUGGAGAGUCAUUUUCAUUCUUCUGAGUAGAAAAGAAAUUCUGUGGAUUAGCCUGUCAAGUUAUUUGGUGGUGAAAAGUGAGAAUACAUGUUUUUCUAAUUCAGCAUCACCACCUGCAGUAUGAAACAAAUUGGAUAAUUAGGGUAAAGUUUAUUGACUAAAAUGGGACAAGUUUGGUUAAAGUCUUUUAAGAGAUGAAUUUUUAAGCAGGAAAUUGCCUCAAAAUCACUUCUUUAAAAUGCAGAUACCUCUGCCCUCCCCUUCCAGGCCCACUGGACCAUCAGGGGCAGAGGCAGGGCAGGUGUAUUCCUCAGUGAUUCUGAUGCACCUGCUUCCCCUGCUCUUCCAAUCUCUGACAGCAGACGUCUGAAUCUUGUGCAGAGCUCGCCAAUUGUCUCUGCUGAUGCAGUGGGUCAGGAGUGGGGCCCGAGAUUCUGAUUUUCUUACAAGCUCAGGUGCUGCCCAUGCUGGGGCAGAGAAGGCUCUGGGUGGUGUAGCUGCAGAGUGCUGACUGGUGUGCAGCCUUAGGUUUACUGCUCUUGUAAGUGUCUAUAGGAAAAUGGCAAACUACGUUCUUAUAUGGAAUUUAUUUCAUUGAUUUUUGUUACAUAGUUUUUAUAGGAUGUUUAUAUGAAAAAUUAACACAGAACUCUUAAGCAGAUUUUUCAGAAAAUACCUCACUAGAACAUUGUUCAAUUCUAAAUUAUAGAUUUUGGAUAUAUUUACUAAGUAAAGCCUAGCAACCCGUUUUCAUUUAUAGAAGGUUAUCCAUCAAAAUGGUGUUUGUUCUUUUUGUCUUAUGACUUGACGUACCCCAUCCUUUCUUUUCUUCCUCUAAGUUGAGUAAGAUUCUACAUUCUUUUGCAAAGGAAUUGCUGAUGAAUUAAGACCAAAGAUGAUAAUUCUUAAGGGGUGUGGUGCAUUAUUUAUUGCUCUCAGAUAACUGAGGAAGCCCAGAGGGUAUGGUAAGAGAGUGGGAAAACUGUUGCCUUAGCUAAAAUACUUCAUUCCAAAUGCUCCUGUAGCUUGCUUCCAAGCCCAUCCAGUAUUCCUCAGAGAUAAAUGCAUACUCGAACAGCUCCAGGGUUCUGCUGAAUUCACCAAAACGGAAUCAGCUCUGUUGAGCAUACAUAAUACUUGAGAACAUUAAUACAAAUCUUAAAACUCUCUACUGGGAUUCCAUUUAAAGGGACUGUCCUAUAAAUGAAAUAGCACUGAUGUAUUUCAAGCCAAGACAAAACCACACAGUGAGGCAUGAGCUCAUUAUUGACUUAAUAGAAAAUGGCACAGAUUCAUUGUCUACUUUGGCUCUCAACUAUUUUGUGACUUGUACUCUGAUAUGCAUCUUAAUGUUAAGUCUUCAGACAAGCUGAAUGAAGUAACAUACUUAACAUUUAAAAUUUCAAGAUACUAACUACAGAAAACGUGUACCUCAUCAGAAAUCGGGUUAAGAUGAUUUAAUGUAAGCAGAGAAAAAGCUUAAUGCUUUGUUUCAAACUUUAAUAAAUUAAACUGGACCUCAUUAGGACAGGAUUCUUUUUGCAUAAUUCCCUUAAUCCUUGCCAGAAGUUACUCAGAUAAACUAGUGAUUAGAUCUUAAAACAACAAUUAUUUUCCUUUCCUAGAUAAGGAAAAUGAUGCCCCUCAAAGAGAAAAGUAGGUCAGGGAAAUGUGUUCAGAGUUCAGUUGCAUAAAAUACACAAAUUAAGUGAAACGGUUGGGAUUAUUUGUAUCUUUCUAUAACAGGCUUUUGCUGGUAAACUGACUAUUUAAUUUUGUUUUUUCCAAAUAAAAAUUAUUUGCCACUUUGGGAAGCUAUCUCUACAUUGAGCACACUUUUUAAAGUUUUCAGACUAGGGAAAUUUGUGGGUUUAUAUUCUCCAGUUCUCAGUAAGUCCUUUUAUGUUCUAGAAAAAUGACUUUCUUAAUUUUAAGUGUAUAUUCUAGCAAAUAACUGAUUUCCUACAUAGUCAUAAAUUAUCACCAACACAUUAGGCAAGUACAGUUACCGGACAACGAUAAACUAAAUUUUAUGAAGAGCACCUAGUCUGUGUUGGGCAUUGUUCUCAGCAGCUUACAUGCAUCAGCACAUUUAAUCCUUACAAUCACCUUAUAUCACUGUACCUGUUUUACAGAGGAUACAGGCACAGAGGGGCUAAAUGCUUUCCUUGCCCAAGGUCUCUCAGGUGGUGAGUGGCAGAGCCACUCUCAAGGAAGGAGGGCCCUUAUAAUGGGUGAUUUUUUCUGGAUCUUAAAUAUCUUCAAGAAUUGCUAUUUCAGACACUGAGAAAUGCUGGUGGUUACCAUGAGGAAGUAAAGGGGGUGAGUGGGUGGAGAGGGUAAGGGGGACAAAAGAAUUCUCAAUCAUAAUGUAAGUUGUUUUCAGGGAUGGUAGGACAUCAUAGAGAAUACAGCCAAUGAUUCUGUAACAUCCUCCUAUGAUGACAGAUAGUAACUAUACUAGUAGGUGCGAGGAUUUAAUAAUGUGGGUAAACAUUGGACCACUGUGUUGUAUACUUAAAGUAAUAAUGUAAGUGAUACUUACAUAAAAAAAAAAUUUUUUUUAAGAAUUGCAAUUGCAGAUGAAAAAGUCUUCACCUAUUCUUGAGUUUUAGGUGCUUUUUAAUGUUUUACCAGUUCACUUGAUUUAUAUCUUGUUCCUAUUUAUAAUUCAAGUUCAAAGUAAACCUAUUUUAUUCAUUAGUCUUCAGCACUUUAAAUACUGGAUAUAAACAUAAAAGACUCAAUUUUGAAUUUUAUAAAUUAAUACCAAAGAUUCUCAGUAGCCAGUUCACUAAUACCUUUGGAUUUGGUAAUCUUCACAGAAUCCACAACUGCUAUGACUUCAGUGAACAUCAAUAGGACUUACAAAUCUUGUGACUCUGCAGACAUUGGUGUGAAUCUGAAUUAUGUAUUUUAAAUGAUAUCUAUUGUAUAUGUGCAUAUAUAUAACUUCUUCCAUAGAAAGGUGAGAACAGAAAGUAGUAAUACAAAAUACAUGUGUAGAAUAAGGAAUUUCUGAGAAGACCUAUUUUAGCUAAAUAUUUAGUAAAGUAAAAUGUCUGCAUAUUAUUCUACUAUACUUCGUCUAAUCACCUUUAAAAUUAACAGAAAUUAAAACCAUAUUUUUGUAACUGAUACUGUGUUCUUCUUGGUAACAUCCCCAUUACUCAUUGACUUCACAGAAGCCCCGAGUUGGAAAGCAUUGCUUAGCCUUUCUUACCUUUGUAUUUAAGAUAAACAGGAAAUAAGUAAUCUUGUGGUAAUCGUGUGCGGGAAUACUAGUUUAAGGGGAAUGCCUUGUGCAGAGUCUGUCAUACUGGAUCAACUUACUAAAUGGUUCCAGGAAUCAGUCUAAAAACUUCAUAAUGUGAGUUGUUUUUUUUGAUCUAUAAAUUAUAACGAGAUGUGUAUUUUCUUAGUAAAAUUUUCCUACACAUAAAAAA